UGGCUUCACUCACAUGUGGAUGGCGUUUUAACGCCAGAGAACGUGUUUGUGUAUUGAGAUAUACACGCGAGUGAUGAACCUCUCAGUUUUCUUCAGUAGCAGGGAAACAUUAUCGCUAACACAUCCCAGAGGCUGGUGUUUGCUGUAGCCCUCCACGAAAAGAUAUUUGAGAAGAUGGAGAAUUUAGUACUGAGUCUGUCAUCACUAGGCACCAUAGCGAGACAUAUUGACAAAAGUCACAGCCAGCUGAGCCAGUACCUAGCAAAGCAGAUAUGGAGCCAGCAGGACAGGCAGUGUAUUCUGGAUUGUUUGGCUCAGCUGCUGCUAGAAAAGGAUUAUACUCUACUGAUUGCACGGCACUUGCGUCCUCUGACACUGGACCUGUUGGAGCGCAAUGCUGAGAGGGUGAAAGCUGGAGGCAGCAUCAACCAUGACCUCCAUGAGCGCCUGUGUGUGGCCCUCAGCAAGCUUCUCAGCAUCAGUCCUGACGCACAAACGUUUGGUGCAAGGUACUUCGACAAUGCCCCUCCGGUGUUUCAGAGGCUCUUCUUCACCAGUGAAGAGUCAUCAGCUGUGCAGUAUGGCCCCAGAAGGAUGAAGCUGCGUGACCUAAUGGGUGCCACUUUGCGUUUCCUCCAGAGUGACUGUGCCAAGUUCCGAAUGCUCUGGGACUGGAGCCCCUGCAUGUCCCUUCUCCUCACCAGUGAUGUCAUGGUGCGAUGGUACACCGCCCACUGUUUAGCAUUGGUCUCUCAUAUGACUGAUAACCAGAAAACCAUCUUCCUGAGGAAGGUGCUGACGAGUGAUGAGAUCCUACACAUGAAAAUGAAGGGUUUGGAAGAAACUCAGCAGCUGGAGUUUGAGAAGGCCCUGGUUUUAGCCAAUCAGGGCUAUGUGACGUGGUGCCAAGAGAAGGCCAACAAGUUUACUAGAGGCCAGGUGGUAUCAGAGGACUUGUCGCAGAAUGUAGUGGCAGUCUGUGGUGUUGUGCUACCCAGGAUAGUUCCUAGGCAGCCUGAACAGAUUAAUCAAAAGGAUCUGGUGUUGGUUGACUCAACCUGCCGCAAUCUGAGACGACUGGCAUUGGCCGUGGCCUCCCAGAAACCUGUACUGCUCGAGGGUCCUAUUGGAUGCGGUAAAACUGCUUUGGUAGAGUUUAUGGCUGCUGUCACCGGACAUGCCAAAACUACGGAGAUCCUCAAGGUGCAGCUUGGGGAUCAAACUGACAGCAAGGUGCUCCUGGGAAUGUACCGUUGCACUGAUAUACCAGGGAAGUUUAUAUGGCAGCCUGGAACACUAACACAAGCCGUGUCUUCAGGCCAGUGGAUCCUCUUGGAGGACAUUGACCAUGCUCCUCUGGAUGUGAUAUCUGCGCUCCUCCCUUUGAUGGAGAAUAAAAAGCUGAUGAUUCCGGGGCGAGAGGACUGCAUUGAUGUUGCGCCUGGAUUCCAAUUUUUUGCAACCAGAAGGAUGUAUUGUAGUGGUGGAAGCUGGCACAGACCCCAGAACUCCCAUGCAGUGCUGUUGGACAAGUACUGGACGAAGCUGCAAAUGGGCAACAUGACACGAGAAGAGCUGAAGAAGGUGCUCAUUAGUAGAUAUCCGAGGCUGUCUGUGGUGUCAGACCAUCUCCUGGAAAUCUUCUGCCAGCUGACUGGGGAGAGACACUCUGAGCUGGACACAAACAGCCCUCCAAUGCCUGACAACAGCCAGCAGCACAACUCUGACGACAAAAGCACACAGCUGAGGGCGCUUUCACUGAGGGACCUGCUGAAAUGGUGUGAGCGAAUCAGCGUCAACUUUGACUGCACCUCGUCAGCUACAGCACAACAUGUCUUCCGAGAGGCUCUCGACUGCUUCACAGCCAUGCUGUCUCAUCCCGAAAGUAGACUGCGAAUGGCUGAGAUCAUUGGAAGCAAACUGAACAUCUCCAGAGAGAAGGCCCAGCACUUCUGUCAGAUGUAUCAGCCUGGCAUCUUGCUAACUGAGCUGGAGGCCUCAGUGGGCAGAGUGACUCUGAUUCGGAAACAGACUGAAGCAGUUCAGCUGAGUGUGGAGAACCACACAUUUGCUGCUACACGACCAUCUGCCGUGCUACUUGAACAACUGGCAGUGUGUGUGGCCAAGGGAGAGCCGGUUCUUCUGGUGGGGGAGACUGGAACUGGAAAGACCUCUACUGUACAACAACUAGCUAGAAUCACAGGACACAGGCUGCGGGUUGUGAACAUGAACCAGCAGAGUGAUACCGCAGAUCUGCUUGGAGGGUACAAGCCAGUGGACAUAAAGCAGAUCCUGCUCCCUCUGCGUGAGGCCUUCGAGGACCUGUUCUCCCAGACCUACUCGAGAAAGCAGAACCUGACCUUCCUCGGUCACGUGCAAACCUGCUUCAGAGGCAAGCGUUGGCAGGAUCUGCUUAAACUCAUGGACCACGUCUGCAAGUCUGCUCUCACUAAGGAGCUGCAAGAGAAAUCAGAUGCUGCUUUGUUGCAGGAGCAGUGGGAGGCACUGGCUUCAAAACUUAAUCAGACCCAGCAGCAGAUUAGGGCCUGUGAGACAGCCAUGGUCUUUGCCUUUGUGGAGGGAACAUUAGCUCAGGCAGUGAAGAAGGGCCACUGGAUCCUGCUGGAUGAGAUCAACUUGGCAGCAGCAGAGACCCUCGAGUGUCUGAGUGGACUUCUUGAGGGCAACACCAGAUCUCUAGUACUGCUGGAUCGUGGAGACACCGAGCCCCUAGUACGCCACCCAGACUUCCGGCUUUUUGCCUGUAUGAACCCAGCUACUGAUGUUGGGAAGAGGAACCUGCCUCUGGGCCUCAGAAACAGGUUUACUGAGCUGUAUGUGGAGGAGCUGGAGAAUGAAGCUGACCUGAGGAUCCUGAUUUCAGAUUACCUCAAGUGCUUAAAUCCACAUCGAAGUGUCAUCAGUGGCAUUAUAAGCUUUUAUCUGACAGUACGAAAGGAAGCAAGCUCACGUCUGGUGGAUGGAAGGGGCCACAGACCCCACUACAGUCUGCGGACUCUGUGCAGGGCCCUGAAGUAUGUGGCGCUAAACCCCUGUAACAACGUGCAGCGCUCACUUUAUGAGGGGUUCUGCCUGAGCUUCCUCACUCAGCUGGACAGAAGCUCCCACCCUGUGGUCCAGAAACUGGUGUGUCAGCACAUCCUGAUGGGAAACACAAAGUGUCUGAAACAAUCCAUCCCGGCACCCUCAGGCCGACCCUGUGUUGAAAUGGAAGGCUAUUGGGUUUCCCAGGGGGAGAUGGAACCAGGUCUCGACCCCAGCUACAUUCUCACUCCCUCAGUCAAGCUGAACCUACGCGACCUUGCCAGAGUGGUGUCUGCAGGGACUCACCCAGUGCUGAUCCAGGGAGAGACAUCUGUGGGGAAGACCAGUUUGAUCAGGUGGCUCGCUGCUGCCACCGGGAACCAGUGUGUGAGAAUCAACAACCAUGAGCACACCGAUGUCCAGGAGUACAUUGGCUGUUACUCAUCAGAUGACCGGGGCAAGCUGGUGUUUAAAGAGGGCGUUCUUAUUGAUGCUAUGAGGAAAGGCUACUGGAUCAUCCUAGAUGAGCUGAACCUGGCCCCCACUGAUGUUCUGGAGGCCCUCAACAGAUUGUUGGACGACAACAGAGAACUCUUUAUGGCUGAAACUCAGGAAGUCAUCAGUGCUCACCCCAGGUUCAUGCUGUUUGCUACCCAGAAUCCCCCUGGUCUCUACGGUGGUAGAAAGGUGCUCUCCAGGGCUUUUAGGAAUCGCUUUGUGGAGCUACACUUUGAUGAGCUUCCCAGUGCAGAGCUGGAGAUCAUCCUUCAUCAGAGGUGCAGCCUUCCCCCAUCUUACUGCACCAAGCUAGUGAAAGUCAUGCAAGACCUUCAGUCCUUGCGCAAAGGAUCCUCAGUGUUUGCAGGCAAACAGGGCUUCAUCACCCUUAGAGAUCUUUUCCGUUGGGCGGACCGCUACAGGCUGGAGGAACAGGCAGAGGCCUCUCGGGACUGGCUGCAGCAUUUAGCAGAUGAUGGGUAUAUGCUUCUGGCAGGACGUGUGAGAAAACCUGAAGAAGAGGUCAUCAUCCUGUCCAUCCUGGAGAAGCACUUCAAACGAACGGUGAACCCGGAAUAUCUGUUCUCUCAGAAACAGGUUGCCAGCCAGUUCAGUCCCUUCAUCGACAGCAUUGCUGGAGUCCCAGAGGAGUUCCGACAUGUGGUGUGGACACAGGACAUGAGGAGACUGGCUGUGCUCCUCGGUCGAGCGCUGCGAUUUGGCGAGUCUGUCCUGCUUGUAGGAAACACGGGAUGUGGAAAGACCACCAUCUGUCAGCUGUUUGCUGCUUUGGCUGGACAGAAGUUCUUUUCAGUCAACUGUCACCUCCACAUGGAGACAUCUGAUUUCCUGGGAGGACUCCGGCCUGUCAGACAUACACAUCAGAAUGACGGGGAGGACGGCAGACUGUUUGAGUGGCAUGAUGGGCCCUUGGUACAAGCCAUGAAGGAGGGAGGUGUCUUCCUCAUGGAUGAAAUCUCAUUGGCAGACGACUCUGUCCUAGAGAGACUCAACAGUGUUCUGGAGACGGAGAAGUCCCUUGUAUUGGCAGAGAAGGGCAGCGGAGAUCGUGGUGACGUGGAGCUGAUAAAAGCAGCUGCAAAUUUCCGUCUGGUCGCCACCAUGAACCCUGGAGGAGACUUUGGCAAGAAAGAGCUCUCUCCAGCCUUAAGAAAUCGUUUCACAGAGAUCUGGUGCCCUCAGACCAACAAUCGCAGUGACCUGGUUAAGAUCAUCCAACACAACUUGCGCUCAGGCCUCUCUCUUGAUGGUGGGGAUGUUGCAGAGCUAAUGCUGGACUUCAUCGAGUGGCUCACACAGCAGGACUUUGGCCGCCGCUGCAUCCUGAGUGUUAGAGACAUUCUUUCAUGGGUCAACUUCCUCAAUGCUGUGUGCGAGCGGGAUGAAGAUAGCUUCAUGACCAUGGGAGCUAUUGAAGACGAAGAUGAAGCCGAGUGGGACCUGCGUCUGGACACUGUUACCGCCUUCAUCCACGCUGCUUGUCUCGUUUAUAUCGAUGGCAUUGGCUCAGGGACCACAGCCUCCUGUGCAGACGGUGUCCUCCUUGCUCGUCGUCUGUGCUUGAGCUUCCUGCAGCAGAGACUAAGCAAGAUGACCAAGCUGGACCAGGAUGUAAUGGAUGCCCUGAGAGUGUAUGACAGCAAUUUGCCACGGGAGCCUCAGUGGGGAGAAGAUUUCUUUGGCAUUGAUCCCUUCUACAUCGCAUUAGGGCCUCACACCGAGAGCCGUAACCUGUCAAACUACGCCAUUGCAGCAGGCACCACUGCAGUGAAUGCUCAGAGGAUUCUGCGGGCCCUGAAGCUGCAGAGGCCUGUGCUCCUCGAGGGCUCACCUGGCGUGGGAAAAACCAGCCUGGUGGCUGCACUAGCAAAAGCUUCUGGAAACCAUCUGGUCAGAAUCAACCUGUCGGAGCAAACGGAUGUCACCGAUUUAUUUGGGACAGAUCUCCCAGUGGAGGGUGGGAAGGGAGGAGAGUUUGCGUGGCGCGAUGGCCCCCUUUUGGCUGCUUUGAAGGCAGGGCACUGGGUGGUACUGGACGAGUUGAACUUGGCCUCUCAGUCAGUGCUGGAAGGUCUUAAUGCCUGCUUUGAUCACCGAGCAGAGAUCUACAUUCCAGAACUGGCCAUGAGCUUUCAGGUACAGCAUGACAAGACGAAGAUCUUUGGAUGCCAGAACCCUUUCACUCAAGGUGGGGGGCGUAAGGGGCUGCCCAAAUCCUUCCUCAACAGAUUCACUCAGGUUUUUGUGGACCAGCUUACCAGCAAGGACAUGGAGUUCAUAGGAGACUUGAUUUUUCCCAGUAUCGACAAGGAAAUUGUUAUCAAAAUGGUCGAAUUCAGUAACAGGCUUGUCCAGGAAGUGUGUAAAGACAGACAUUGGGGUCAGAGAGGAAGUCCCUGGGAGUUCAACCUGCGUGACUUGUUCCGUUGGUGUCAACUUAUGCAGGCUGACCAAGCACCUGGAUUUUUUAACCCAGGCCAGCAUGUGGCAUUGGUGUAUGCUGACAGAAUGAGAACAGAGUCUGAUAAAGCUCAGGUGCUGUCUGUGUUCAGGAAGGUGUUUGGGGAGGACUUUGAGCCUUACUGCGGCCCCAGAGAGUUCCACAUCACUCCAUUCAACCUACAGGUGGGCUACUCUGUGCUGCAUCGCAGUGGUGGAGCCAAUGUGGCUCCAGACACACCGCUGUCCAUCACACAUCAGUGCUUAAGGCCUCUGGAGUCCCUGAUGAAGUGUGUGGAGAUGGGCUGGAUGACCAUACUGGUCGGCCCCACAGCAAGUGGAAAGACCAGCCUGGUGAGACUGCUCUCUCUACUGACUGGACAUCGCCUCAGAAUCAUGGCCAUGAACAGUGCCAUGGACACCACAGAGCUACUGGGAGGCUUUGAGCAGGUGGAUAUCAUGCGCCCGUGGCAGCAAGUUCUGGAGAGUGUAGAUUACAUAGUUGCCAUGGUAAUAAGGCGUGGAUUGAUGUCACUUGAUGGUGGCAUCCAGGACACAGAGUUCUUGCUGCAGACAUGGGGCCUGUUCUGCCAUUGGCUGAAGCAGGAAGGACUGCAAAGAACUGGAGGAACAAUCAACUCUGAGGCACUGAACAAGCUGGAGGUUAUCAUCCUCCUGCUGCAGAAACUCAACACCAAACUCAAAGUGUUCACUGACAUGUCUAAGCUUCAGAUGGACUUUACGCUGCUGAAGGAGCGUCUGGCUCAGCUGGAGGACGGCUGGACAAACGGAGGUUUUGAGUGGUUGGAUGGUAUGCUCGUCCAGGCCCUUCAGUCUGGCGACUGGUUGCUUAUGGACAACGUCAACUUCUGCAAUGCCUCAGUGCUGGAUCGCCUCAAUGCUCUGCUGGAACCUGGUGGAUCACUCGUCAUCAACGAACGUGGUGUCAUAGAUGGGAGCACUCCCAAAAUCACCCCACACCCUAACUUCAGGUUGUUCCUGACCAUGGAUCCUGUGCACGGGGAGCUCUCCAGAGCUAUGAGGAACAGAGGGGUGGAGAUUUACAUUCCAGGGGAACACGAAGCUGUGUGCUGGGACACACUAGACCUAAAGAUUUUGCUUCACACUGCUGGGGUGACCGGGGACUGUGUGUGUGAUCUGCUGAUUGAAAUACAUAAGGCCGUUAAAUCUGCUAUCUGGGACUCCCCAGCCUCAUCAGUGGCUUCUCUUCUUCAUGCUGCCACUCUGCUGAGCUGCCAGCUACAGAGAGGUGUGGAUUUGCCUAGCGCCUUGCAGCAUGCCUGUGGGGAGGCCUACUCUUUCUGUCAGCACAAUUCUGCCAACCAGAAGAAAGCCCAGCAGGUGAUUGAGCAGCACUUGAGCAUCCUGGACACAGAAGAAUGGGGCUGUGGGUUGCUGUGUGCUGGAGUCUGGCCUGACAGCUUCCCCUCUGCCCUCCUCUCUACAGAGGAUUCCUGCUUCUCUACUGUUAUCAGAGAUGGACAGGUCCUCUUAUUUUGUCUGAACACACUCAGCCUCCAAGGCAAACGGAGCCAGCCUCUGAGUCUGAGUGACCUACAGAGGGUAUUGCAGAACAGCGGUGUCCAUGAAGGCCUGGUGUUCUCUGAAGCAGUGGGGGGUUUGGAGGAUGGAAAUGCUCUGAGGCUGAUCCCCACGGCAGUGAGACUGCUCACAGAGAGAGCCUCUCACGGAGACUGGAUCAUGCGCAGCAGCUGGCUGUCACACUUGGGAAAGAGCCACAAAUAUGCUCCUGAUGCCGCGCUGGUCCAGGUGGAAGCAGGAAACAGGGCUUUAAAGGCUGUGUUUGGUAGCAAGCUUGCCGCUAAGGGCAAGUCACUAGCAGAAUUACUCCAGCCCCACAGCACAGAUGAAUACAGGAUUUUGGUGGAUAUGCGGUGGAAUAAGCAAUACUUGGACAUUUUGGCCAACAAGUGCAACUUUGAGGAUGAAGAAAGAUACACGGAGUUCCUAGAGGCACUAAACGCAGUUGCCAACAGGAUCGUUCUGAUGAUGGACAGAGAAGAGAGGUCUGUUGUAUGCACUUGCGCUGUCAACCUGUCUGGUCCGAAUUCUGUACUGCAAAUAGCCACGGCCUUCAGUAAAGGGACUGUGGAUAUUGGUCACCUGCCACACCCUGUGCUGAUGCACCUGCAAACCUUCUUUGAGUUGUGGGGCUACUUCAUCCUGCAGGCUGUUCAGACCGGACAACCUUACAUCUCAGACCACAUUAUGUUUGAGAUUCUGCAGCUGCUACAGUGGCUCGAUCGAUUCUGGGAUGUGUGCAGCACACUGACGCCCGACUCUAAGGGCAUCUCUGUGCUGUCUCUGCACUGGCAGUGGGUCCAGAAACACCUCAUCCUCCGACUGCCACAGCUUCUCCUGGGAGACGCUGAUGUCACGUUUGAAGGUCACCAGGAGCUGCAGGCCACCUCAACAGCCAUCCAGACUGUUCUGUCCGCCCCAGUGUCUGUAGCUACAGCUCUGAAGGGCAUUCAGAAAACCCUGGGGAAAACUCUUCCUUUUAAGCUGGAGUCAGUAGUUAAGUGUGCAUCUCAGCUCAGGCUCCUGAGUAAAGCCCUGGAUGUGAGUGAUCUAAAACUGGACAACAACAUGAUUCAUUCGAAGCAAGAGCUGGUUCGACUUCAGGGUGCUGGACUCGGACUGGACAUCAAAGAAAGUCUCCUGGAAGCCUGGGGCCUCAUUCUCUUAGCAAACAACCAGUUGGACCCUCAAAAGUCAGGGGUGAUGGAGAGGUUGGUGUCGAGUGUGGAGCAGCAGGAGUGUUGCAUGACCUCCAGAGGGCUCUUGGAAGUCUGUUCCAUGUCGGAGCAUGACGAGUCCACAGACGGAGUCCCUUUGUCCGUAGAGGAGUUGCAGCAGCUCAGCCGCAGGGCCCAGCUCUGGCCCCUGAUGGAGGAACUUGCCGUCCUAAAUCAGCUACGACUUAGCACAGACUUGCUGCAUCUAGCUCUUUCUCCUAGUGACCAGGAGGCCGAGGACUGCAUACGUCGCGACCUCUCCAGACAUCUUCGUUACUGCCUCCAGUCCACCCCGAUGAAUGUCAGACAGCUGCAGCCACUGUGGUUCCUGCUCAGUAGUGACCGGCCAGCUGAGGAGCUGCCGUUUGUUUGGUGUGAGCUCCUGUCGGAGGCUCUAUCCUCCCUGUGGACCUGCAGCAUAACCUCAAACCCAGAACACUGGCUUAAAUGGGACCCUCUACAUCCUGAGACCCAGGCGGAUCCAAAGCAGCACCAAGGAACAGAUAACCUGGGUCCAGCUCUGCUGAGCAAAGCAGUGCGGUCCCAUUGCGUACUGGAAGUGCUCAGCUGUAGUAAGACGGGUGGUUCAUGGGAACCUUCAGGAGAGGCUUUUCUCUCCCUCUCCAAUGUCAGACUUGGGGAUUGGAAAGGGAGGAUUCAGCAGCUGCAGGAUCUUUCUGCUGUGCUCUGGGACAACAUGAGCAUCCGUGCGCUGGCUGAUUUCAGGGGUACUGACUUUAGGCUCCAAGGUGCAGUCCUGCGUCGGCAACUUCAAAGCAUGGCUGACGUGCUGCCUCCCACCUUGCAGGAAGGCUACAUGGAGAGCUGUGAGAGCCUGGUGGAAGACCCUGACCCUCUUAUUGCUGCCCAGGAGAUCCAGACGGUCUUUAGAGACUUCCUGCCUCCUAAACUACUCCCUGAUGGCCUGGUGGAAGCCUGCCUUACCUGCUUGCAGCAAUAUGUCCAGAGCAAAGUCCAAGGCUCCAAUUCACUGGCUCGCUCUGGAGUGUUCUGGGUCAACAUGGGCUUGCUGCAGAUCAAAGUGUGGACACCGCAGACCAUCUUUGACCCAGCUGUAAAGAGAGCCUACAAACUGAACUAUGCUCAGCAGGAGUUGGCUCUGCUUCAGGAAGAAUGGAAAGGGCGGAGCCUGUGGUCUCAGCUGAUGACCGGAGCAGAACUGGAGGAGAGCAGCACAACUGAUGGCUUCCAGCAUCCUCGAAUCAGGUAUCUAUGGAUCCGCAUGCAGCAGGUGAAGGAGCAGAUAGCUGAGCUUUCCAGGAAGCAGGCUUGUCGUCCUCAUGAGCCUCAGUAUGGUCAGUUGUACCAGGAGCUCCAGCACUACCUGUGCAGCAUUGGUCAGACAUCAGCCAUACAGGACCUGCUGUCCCAGCUGCUCAAUACGCUGGAGGGCUCCUCGGCUUCAAAAUCCAAGUCAGCAGUCCAGGCCGUCCUGAAGGAGGAGGCUGUUUGGCAGAACUCCCAGCAGCGUUUCUGCCAGAGGUUGCUGGAGGACUAUCCCCUUUAUCCUGAUGUUGUUGGGCCAGUGAGGACGGGUAUCCUUCAGCUCCGGUACGGUAUGAGGCUGGUAGCCUCCCAGGUGGCUGCCUUGCUAAAUCCUGUACCUGGUUUGCCAAGGCUGGUGUCUUGCCUUCUGGCUUUCCCAUUCCUGUCCCCGAGCCUGCCGUCGUACCUUGUCCGGGCAGACUUUCUGUGUUCCAGGGUUUGUAUGGACACUCUGCGCAGCCUGGUGAAACUUCUGCCCCAGCAGGACACUGCAUGUGUGAUGCCUCAGUCCUGCACUCUGCUACUCAGUGCUCUGCUUUAUGUCCAGUGUCACACCUUGUCAACGGGAGAGUUCAGCCACGAGGCACGCAGCAUCUUCAGACACAUCUGUCAGGCUUUGGUGAAUGAGUGGGAUGAGCGAGAGAGGCGAAGGAAAGAGCAUGAAGAAAUGGAGGCCAGUCUUUACCGCAGCCGUAGCCGACUGCACGGCUCAGGACUGACUGAGGAUGAACAGGAGGAGCGAGACUUCAGACGACAGUUUCCUCAGUUCAACAAGGACUUUGCAGACAUCGUGUCUGAGCCAAGUUUAGAAGGAGCAGCUGGCACAAGUCUAGAAGGGCUCGAAGACAAAACCCCCGAAGAGUCUUUUGAGAUGAAGGCGUUCUCUCCCGCUACCCUGAAUACAGUGAUCCAGGUUCAUCAGCGCCUGUGUCUGGGAUAUGCUCAAUCGCUUUGGUACAAGAGCACAGCACCAGCCAAUCACAGUAAAGAACACAUCAAAGCCCUGCUUUCGUCUUAUCAGAUUGCUUCUCCAGUGAUGUCACACUUCUAUCACCUCAUUGACUCUGACCUGGACCAGCAGCUGACAGGCAGUGAACUGCUGCUCUCUGCCAUCCUCCAGAACACUGUGCAGGGCUCUGGUGGUGGCGAGGGUCUGGCCAUCACCCCUGAUGGACCCUAUGACUUCUACCAGCACCCUAACAUGAGCGAGGCCUCUCUCUGUCUCCCUGUGUUGGAACAGUUGAGUGUGGCAGUGAAGCAGAGACUAGAGGACUGGCCUGGACACCCUGCCCUCGAACAGCUGAAUGUGGUGAUGGAGAGAAUCAAGGCUUUCAAUCUGGCCAGCCCGGUGGCUAAGUUUCUGAACGGCCUAGAGAUCCUGCUCAGCAAAGCACAGGACUGGGAGAAUAACGCCAGCCGUUCAGUGUCUCUGCGGAAGGAACUGGAACCCGUCACACAGCUCAUUAUUCAGUGGCGCAAGCUGGAGCUCAGUUGUUGGUCGCGCAGUCUUGACAAUGCAAUGAAGCGUCACACAGAGAAGUCCACCAAACACUGGUUCUCUGUCUACCAGCUGCUGGAGCGAUACCUAGAGGAACAGAGGACGGAGACUUGUACAGCUGAAGGGGUAGAACACCUUUCCCUGUCUUCAGUGUCCUCCACCCUUCAGGCCUUUCUGGAGGGCUCCACCCUGGGGGAGUUCCACACUCGUCUGAACAUGUUGCUCACAUUCCACUGCCACCUCCUGCUGGUCCCCCCGCAGUCCGGGCAAGAGCCUUUGUCCAGUCUUCUCUGGAACCUGUACAAAUACUACAAUCAGUUUUCUCAAGGCAUUCAAACCAAAAUUACUCAACACAGGCAGACCAUUGAAAAGGACCUCAAGGACUUUGUCAAGAUCUGCAAAUGGAAUGAUGUCAAUUUUUGGUCCAUCAAACAGUCAGUGGAGAAGACCCAUCGUACACUCUUCAAGUUUAUCAAGCAGUUUGAAGAGGCUUUGAAUGGUCCGAGUAUUCCUGCUCUGGUGGAGCAGGGAAGCGGCGCGAGCUUGGACAGUGUGGACGCUAACCCACAGGAAAUGCCCAUCCACAGAGUUCACCAGUUGCUAAAGAGCACCCUGCCUUUAAAGUGCAGGAUUCUACAGACUGAUGGAGAAGAAGAAGAAGGAUUCAAAGCUUCUUCUCUACAAAUAUCUCUGCCUGUACUGUCCAGGAAGAUGAAGAAGAUGUGCAUCCAGCUGCUGAAGAAAAACCCUGUCCCUGAGCUGGCUGAAGACUUGGACUGCUUCACUGGCGAGGUCAUCAGCAACUUGCGGGACCUGCAGAGCCUCACAAUAAACACAUCAGCAGAUAAAGACAAGCAGAAAGCUGAGAUAAAGCACAUCCUACAGCAGAAACAGAGGGCAUUGUCUGACCUGUUCAAGAUGCUCACAGAAAUAGGUCUGUCGUACCGCAAAGGCCUAAUAUGGAACAGGACAGCAUAUGCAGAGAAGGCUCUGUACAUGCAGCCGCUGGAGAUGACGACCGCUCUCUCAGCUGUCAAGACUCAGGAGAAUGCAGAGAGCAUGUUGUUUGCUGAGUUGCUGACAGCAUGGGACGGCUGUCAGAAGUACUUCUAUCAGUCUUGGGCCAGGAACACUGCCCUGCAGACUGCUUUGCAGCACGCUGCUAAGGAGCUGGGUCUGGGGAAUGUAGAGCGAUGCAGGGGUUUCUCCUCUCACCUCUUCAAGCUGCUCCUCAAACAGAGGCGACGGCUGGCCAAACUCAUUGAACAAUGGGUCCAUCUCAGGAGGCUAACUGACAAUGUCCAGGGCAUCAAGGCCUACCUACAAAGCCAGAGUGAGGAGCCAGGCUGCACCCUCCCACCCCAAGCCUCUCUCCAGGACUGGGUGAAGAGGGGCCAAGCGCUCGCAGCCCAGUGUAAUACCCUUUUGCAGCAGCUGGCCUGGUUGCUGCACUGCUGCCCCGAAGACCUUCAGAAGGAGGAGGUGAGCAGCUGCAAGCAGCACACCCUGAGGUGUCCAUCCCCACUGGCAGCGCAGCGACAACCCCCUGGCUGCUUGAUGAGGAGGGGUGACGCUGCAUGGUGCCAACUACAUCAGCGUGUCACUACAAUGCUGGAGCAGACGCAGAGCCUGAAGGUGGAGCUGGACUGUGCAGCACAGCCAAUCUCUGAUGGUGUUCUUCAUACAUGGAACUACUUUACCGAAUGCUGUUCGGCCUUCAACCGUCUGGGAGCUAUAGGGGCUCAGAUGCCCAUUGUGGAGCAGAUCUUCACCUCAGAUGUGUGUGUCGGCACUCCAGACAACCAACCAGCUGUAAUCCAGAGUCUCCAGUAUGUGAGAGGACAGGUGGAGGCCACCGUCACAGAAUUCACCACGUGGAGGAUUCAUGUGCUCUCCCUGGGACACGAUGACACAGAUCACCAGCAAACCUUCUGUACGGAGUUCUCUGCUGAGCUUGAAGUAAACAUCAACACAUUGUUGUGUUCUGUCCAGACACUCGUGAAGAAACGGGAGAGAGUACAACAAAGGGAGCAGCAUGGAGACACCAAGAGAGAGGGUGCCAAAGAGGACAAGGAGGAGCCUCUGGAGGACCUGCUAAAGCCUGGUCACCUGACUCGCCUGCUGGAGGAGGAACUGGAGGCUGAGGUGGAGGCUCUGCGUGUGGGAGAUGUUAGUACUGGGCUGGAGAGGCUUCUGUGCCACCUAAAGACACAAAGGGACUCCUCUCAGCCGCCACACUUCCAGGAGGUAAACAGGGCGUGCAGGAUGCUGGUUCGUCUGGAGCCUCUACUAGGAAUUUACUCUGACCUUGUAUGCUACUACCUGGCUGUGUCACUGGGAGCACAUAGAAGCACAGGCAAACUUCUGUCUGUACUGGCCAGCAUCUUCACUGAACUCGCUCAGAAGGGUUUCUGCCUGCCUCAGGAGCUUAUGGCUGGAGAUGGAGAAGGAGCAGAACAGUUUCACGAUUAUGAAGGUGGUGGUAUAGGAGAGGGAAAGGGCACGAAAGAUGUCAGCGACAAGAUCGAGAAUGAAGAUCAGCUGGAGGACACCUUCAAGGAGGGGGAAGAAAAGACUGAACAGCAUGAGAAAGAGGAUAUUAAGUCAGAAGACAAUGCCGUUGAGAUGUCAGAGGACUUUGAUGGCCAGAUGUGCGACGCUGAUGAGAAAGAACCAGGUGACGACGAGGAAUCAGAUAAAGAGGACGACGAAGAACUGGACAAAAAAAUGGGUGACCUGGGUGAAGGCCAGACAGAUACACUGGAUGAAAAAAUGUGGGGAGAUGAUGAUGAUGAUGAUGAGGGGGAGGAGGAAGGAAGUGACAAGGAGGAGGAGUCUGGUCAGGGCAUGGAUCAGGGUGAGUCUGAGUUGGUUGCCAAAGAUGACAACCUGGAUGCAGCAGACCCCAAAAAAGAUCACAAGAACCAGGAUGAAGACCAACAGAUGGACGAAGAGGAGAAAGACAUGAUCAAUGAACAAGGAGAUGAGAGAGAGUUUGAUGAAAAUGAAGUAGACCCCUACCAAGGUCAACAAGACAAGAGACCUGAGCCCGAGGCCAUGGAUCUGCCUGAGGAACUCGAUCUGGACCAGGGUGACAAGGAUGGAGAGGAUAAUGAUGAUGGAGAUGAGGGUGAAGGUGAAGGUGAAGAGGAUAAUCCAUUUAACAUCGAUGACAGAGGGAUGGAAGCAGAUCAGGAUGAGGAGGAGGAUGGUGAGAAAGAUGGAGGAGAAAACGAGCAAGGAGCAGAGGAGCUGGACAAGGACCAAAAUGGAGAAGAAAACAAUGGGGAGCCUGAAACUGCAGAGGAGAAGGAGGGAGGAGAGGAAGCAGAAAAGGAUGAUUCGGCUGAUAAAGAUGAAGAAGAGAAGGACGAGGAAAGGGAGCGGGAGUCAGGAAGAGACGAGGACACGAAGACUUCAUCAAAUGAAAAAGGGCAUGAGCCAAAGGAGGAGGAGGAAGGUGGUGGUGAAGAUGAGGAGCUGCCCGAGUGCGCUGAGAGGAAAUGGCACGACACCGACGGUCAGACAGGAGAGGACAACAUUCAAAGCGACACUGCUGUGGAGCUGGCAGGAGAAGCCUCGGAGAGAGACGAGGCCAAAGAGGAGCAUGGCAGUGGAGCAGCUGACGCCAGCCAGUCUGAGGGCCACCAGUCAAAGCUGACAGCAACAAUGGCUUCACACAGACAAACUCAGAGUCAGACUCAGAGCUUGAAGAGGAAACCUGGCCAAGCAGAUAGUGAACGCUCUAUAGGCGACUACAACAAGCCAGUCAACAAGCGCCUGCGCACAGUCGAAAGAAGCAAAGAGAGCCUCGAGAACAACAGGCAGAGCGACACCCAGCAGGUGUCAGACCUGUACGAGCACAUUAAGCACGGAGACCAGAACUAUGACACUCAGACAUAUGAUGUGGCCAGUGCAGAGCAGGAGAGCACAGCAGGGCCUCGGGGCCAGGAUGAAGAUGACAAAGAAGAGGAUUUGUCCAUGGAGACAGAGGACCAGGAGGUUGAUCUGCAAGCGGCUGAGGUCCAGGAGCUGAAGCCUGAACAGCUGGACUCCUCAAAGGCUUCCCAGACAGGUGUAGACCCUGGAGAGAUGGAGGUCCAGAGGCAGGGAGAGGAGCAGGAGGACGAGAGGUGGAAAGAAAAACAACAAGCCGAAGAAGAAGAGCGAGCAAGCAGAAGCACAGACUCUACAAUUCAUGUUGUUCCUGAGCUGCUUCUGGACUCUGCGCAGGAGAAAGCACAGAGGAGAGACCCAGAAGAAACAAGGAGGGAGAUGGAGCUGCAGCUGGAGGCCUGGCACAAACUGGCCCCGGGGACUCAGGAGGAGGAGACUGUAGCGGCUUCCAUGUGGCAGCAGUACCAAACUCUGACCUCGGCUCUCUCUCAGCAGCUGUGCGAGCAGCUCCGUCUCAUCUUGGAGCCCACACAGGCCGCCAAACUAAAGGGUGAUUACCGAACAGGAAAGCGUCUGAACAUGAGGAAGGUGAUCCCUUAUAUCGCCAGUCAGUUUCGCAAAGACAAGAUCUGGUUAAGGCGGACGAAGCCCAGCAAGAGAGAGUACCAGAUCUGCCUGGCUGUGGACGACUCCUCCAGCAUGGUGGACAACCACUCUAAACAGCUGGCAUUUGAAUCCCUGGCAGUGAUUAUCAAUGCCCUCACUCUGCUGGAGGUAGGCCAGGUGUCUGUCUGUAGCUUUGGGGAGCAGGUGCAGCUGCUGCAUCCCUUCCAGCAUCAGUUUAAUGACGAGUCUGGGGCUCGGAUUCUCAGGCUCUGUCAGUUCCAGCAGAAGAAGACCAGAAUAGCACAGUUUUUGGAGACCUCAGUUAAAAUGUUUCUGGCAGCACGGCAGCAGAUUCCAGGAUCUAUGAACUCAGAGACAGCCCAGCUGCUUGUGAUCGUGUCUGAUGGUCGGGGGCUCUUCCUGGAGGGAAAGGAGCGGGUAAUGGCCGCUGUGCGUGCAGCACGCAGCGCUGGUAUCUUCAUCAUCUUCAUGGUGCUGGACAAUCCGAACUCCCGGGAUUCCAUUCUAGACAUCAAGGUGCCCAUCUUCAAAGGGCCAGGAGAGCUGCCAGAGAUCCACUCCUACAUGGAUGAGUUUCCCUUUCCCUUCUACGUGAUCCUGCGAGACAUCAACGCCUUGCCAGCAACACUCAGCGACGCACUCAGGCAGUGGUUUGAACUUGUUACUGUGGCUGAGCAGUAGGCUGAUGAGGAGCCAUCUUUUUACAGGAAAGAGGGAAAUGGGCAGCAGCCACCGCAAAAUGCCAGUCUGCUGCUAGCCUGUCAGAGAUCAGAGACUGAGCUGUAAAUGUGCCUUUAUUUUCUUAUUAUUACUGUAGGUUCUAGUCGAGCUGGAUAGCAAGUGUUGCUGUUUUGUCUGCAUCAGGGGAAUUUGGUGUCUUUUGUCAUGUAACAAAGGAUUGCUUUAACUUGCACGUCUGAAAUUAAAUAACAGAAACAAAAAUGUGAUUUCCAUGUGCGUGAAAUACCGUAGUUAAGCAUCAGUAAAUACCUCUGUCCCUGUAUGAUAGCCCUGUUUUACAUUUGUUUGAAUGUUUAGUCAGUGUUAUGAAGAUCAAAGAAUUAUCUUCACCCUGAGCACAACAGCAGGACUGAGCUUUGUAUAAUAGAAGCCUUUUUCAAGGCUAAACUGAACAGUAGCAUGCUGGAGCUGAUAUUAAAGGAACUCAAACAUGUGCCUUGGAAAGAACAGCACUGCAUCUCAUGUCACACCUCAAGUAGCAGGUGACAGAUCAGGAUUUUUACUAGUUUGUUUCAGUCAUGUACUGUGAAGCACAGCAGCUGCAGAGUCCGCUUUUUAUAAAGGCCUCUGGGAGAACCCAUCUUUGUGCUUUAGAAACACUUCAGUUGUGUUCAUCUUCCCUUUGUAGUGUGACACAGCUGACUGUCUGUGGAAACAUGUUCAUGAUGUGUACUGAAAUGUGUGUUCUUUAAUGUGGACAUACAUGUAUACAUAUUUAACGAGUUAAUUGCAUCUGUCUAUUAAAUCAUGAGAUGAACAAAA